AUUAUCCCUGCACUUGCGCCACCUGCUGCCGGGAAAGCGACACAACUUUGGGAUCGGUGGCAAUUGCGAAAGUUUUCGAAGCUAUAGACAUUUUACUCAGAGCAGCAAUGAAAGAGCCGAAAAUGAGAUUCAUACUCAUGUGUUAUGAGGAUCACUUCUAUCCAUUUGGCAGAGAAGCCGGAGAUGUCGCCAAUCCGAAACUGGAUGACGGCGGAUCACCGGAAAUUGACAUUUCAACGAAUUUUCCAUUCUUCGAAACAUCUCACAACUCCUUAUAUGUGAACAACAACGGCGUGGUGUCGUUCGGUAGUCGCGUGUCCCAGUACACACCCAACACCUUCCCUCUCCUGGACGGCCGCGCUUUCAUCGCUCCGUUCUGGGGCGAUGUCGACAAUCGAAUUUCAGGAACCAUCUAUUACCGAGACACCAGGGAUGCGAGCCUAUUACGGAGAGCCACGGCCGACAUCAAUAAGUAUGCACCCGGGCUCAGUUUCGAAGCGCAGUGGGUAUUUGUCGCCACUUGGGAUCGAGUUGCUUUCUACGGAUCUCAAACAUCCAAGGUUAACAGCUUUCAGGCGGUGUUGAUCACGGAUGGAUUCCAGUCCUUCAUUAUACUGAACUAUGGAGAUAUCCAAUGGACAACCGGGUUAGCGAGUGGCGGCAACGCUCGCACUGGACUAGGUGGAACAGCGGCACAGGCUGGUUUUAACAGCGGAGGCUCCAAGCAUUAUUUCAGCAUCCCAGGAUCGCAAACACCAGGAAUGGUUGACAUCGAGUCCACAAGCAAUGUGCAAGAACCGGGCCGCUGGGUCUUUAGAACAGACACAUUCCGUGUGAUAGGAGGCUGCAUCUACAGAGGGACAUUUAUUCGGAAAGAUGACACCUUUUGGACAAACUCCACCUGUGAAACCAAAUGUAAAUGCGUCUUGAACAACUCUCUGGAAUGUCAACCUGCUGCAUGCGCUCCUGAUGAACUCUGCCUCUCCUCCGCCUCCUUUUAUUCCUGCAAACCAAUGGCAGUUCAAACGUGCACCAUAUUCGGCGACCCUCAUUACCACACCUUUGAUGGAAAACUCUUCCAUUUCCAAGGCACAUGCACCUACAUCCUAUCUCAGCUGUGCCGUGCUGACGGUCCGCUGCAUUUUUACAGGGUGGAGGCAAAGAAUGAAAACCGGGGAAACCGGGCAGUCUCCUGGGUCAGACAUGUUCGUCUCGUAGUCUAUGGGUCUGAAAUUACAAUGAUCAAUGGAGCCACUGACCAUAUCCUGCUGAAUGGGACUCGAACAUCUCUCCCCAUUGUGAUUGGCAGCGGCCUGAUCCGGAUCGCUCCCAGCGGCUUCACAAUCAUGGCUAGCACGGACUUCGGUUUGAGAGUGAACUUUGAUGGGUCCCAUCACGUCACCAUCUCCCUCCCUGCCAGUUACCACAACGCCACCUGCGGACUGUGUGCCAAUAUGAACGGGGAUCUCUCGGAUGAGUUUCAGCUGCCCAACGGAAUGCUCACCGCGUCCGAAGUGGAGUUCGGGAAGAGUUGGAAAGUCAUUGAAGAUGGACAGCUGUGUGCGGACGAGUGCGGGAGUGAGUGCCGCGUGUGCACAGGAGAACAGGCGGCUUUGUACAGCGGCCCCGAUCACUGCGGCAUCAUUGGCAGCCAGAGCGGCCCCUUCAACAUUUGCCACAGCGGCGUCCAGCCACAGGACUUCAUUCAAAGCUGCGCCUAUGACCUCUGCGCCGAUGGAGGCUCUGUGUCCAGUCUGUGCAAGGCGCUGAGCACCUAUUCAGCCAGGUGCAGGUUACAAGGAGUGCCAAGCAUAGUAUGGAGAAGACCGGGACUGUGUGAAAUGUCCUGCCCGCCGCACAGUCACUAUGAGCCGUGUAGCUCCGCCUGUCCUGCCACCUGCGCCGAUACAAUCGCACCAUUUUAUUGCACCCGGCCCUGUGUGGAAAGCUGUGAAUGCGAUGAUGGCUACAUCCUGAGCGGGGGAAGGUGCGUGGCCCUCAGUCAGUGCGGCUGCUCUUUCCAGGGUCAUUAUUACAGCAGAGGUGAGACGGUCAUCCUGACAGAGAGCUGCAGCAGGAAAUGUACCUGCUGGAACACCACCACUGGUCUGAGCUGUGAAGAUUUCAGGUGCGGGGUACAUGAAGACUGCCGCCUUGUGGACGGAGUGCGUGGCUGCUAUCCGAAAGCUGACGCCACCUGCUGGGCCGCGGGUGACCCGCAUUAUUCCACUUUCGACGGGACAGCUUUUGAUUUCCAAGGAUCUUCCAAAUACACCUUCAGCAGAUACUGCGGAGCGUCUGGAAACCUCACAAUGUUCAACGUUGAGGUGGAGAAGGAUCACCGCGGCUCCCGUGCGGUGUCCUGGACACGUCUAGUUGAGGUGCAGGUGUACGGACAUCAGAUCCAGAUGUUGAGGGGUCAAACCGGCAAAGUUCAGGUGAAUGGCGAGGUCUUUAAUUUACCAGUAAGAUUAGAAUCUGGGAAAAUCCACCUUUUCCAAAGCGGAUCGGCGGCCGUGCUGCAGACGGGAUUUGGUCUCCGGCUCUCCUAUGACUGGAACCAUUUGGCGGUGCUGACAGUUCCGAGGGUCUAUUCCGGCUCUUUGUGCGGAUUAUGCGGAAACUUCAACGGGGACGGGGCUGACGAUUUCGUGUCUCCCAACGGCACCGCGUUCACUGCGGCCUCAGCUUUUGGGAACAGCUGGAGAACCGCAGCUUCGGGCGCUGGGAGCGAGGACCCGCCUGAACCACAGGUCCCCCUGUGCACCGAAGCAGAUCGCAGUGUUUACGCCUCGGAGAGUCAGUGCGGCGUGUUGCGCGAGGCCAGCGGGCCUUUCCGCCAAUGUCAUUCGGUGCUGAGCCCAACAACUGCCUUUGAAAACUGUGUUUUUGAUCUUUGUGCAUUAGCCGGAGACCCCGGGACCCUCUGUCAGGCCAUUGAACCUUAUGCCUGGGAUUGUCAGAGAAGAGCCAUCGCAAUAGGAGAUUGGAGAAAUAGAACCCGCUGUGAAAUGUCCUGCCCGCCGCACAGUCACUAUGAGCCGUGUAGCUCCGCCUGUCCUGCCACUUGCGCCGAUACAAUCGCACCAUUUUAUUGCACCCGGCCCUGUGUGGAAAGCUGUGAAUGCGAUGAUGGCUACAUCCUGAGCGGGGGAAGGUGCGUGGCCCUCAGUCAGUGCGGCUGCUCUUUCCAGGGUCAUUAUUACAGCAGAGGUGAGACGGUCAUCCUGACAGAGAGCUGCAGCAGGAAAUGUACCUGCUGGAACACCACCACUGGUCUGAGCUGUGAAGAUUUCAGGUGCGGGGUACAUGAAGACUGCCGCCUUGUGGACGGAGUGCGUGGCUGCUAUCCGAAAGCUGACGCCACCUGCUGGGCCGCGGGUGACCCGCAUUAUUCCACUUUCGACGGGACAGCUUUUGAUUUCCAAGGAUCUUCCAAAUACACCUUCAGCAGAUACUGCGGAGCGUCUGGAAACCUCACAAUGUUCAACGUUGAGGUGGAGAACGAUCACCGCGGCUCCCGUGCGGUGUCCUGGACACGUCUAGUUGAGGUGCAGGUGUACGGACAUCAGAUCCAGAUGUUGAGGGGUCAAACCGGCAAAGUUCAGGUGAAUGGCGAGGCCUUUAAUUUACCAGUAAGAUUAGAAUCUGGGAAAAUCCACCUUUUCCAAAGCGGAUCGGCGGCCGUGCUGCAGACGGGAUUUGGUCUCCGGCUCUCCUAUGACUGGAACCAUUUGGCGGUGCUGACAGUUCCGAGGGUCUAUUCCGGCUCUUUGUGCGGAUUAUGCGGAAACUUCAACGGGGACGGGGCUGACGAUUUCGUGUCGCCCAACGGCACCGCGUUCACUGCGGCCUCAGCUUUUGGGAACAGCUGGAGAACCGCAGCUUCGGGCGCUGGGAGCGAGGACCCGCCUGAACCACAGGUCCCCCUGUGCACCGAAGCAGAUCGCAGUGUUUACGCCUCGGAGAGUCAGUGCGGCGUGUUGAGCGAGGCCAGCGGGCCUUUCCGCCAAUGUCAUUCGGUGCUGAGCCCAACAACUGCCUUUGAAAACUGUGUUUUUGAUCUUUGUGCAUUAGCCGGAGAGCCCGGGACCCUCUGUCAUGCCAUUGAACCUUAUGCCUGGGAUUGUCAGAGAAGAGCCAUCGCAAUAGGAGAUUGGAGAAAUAGAACCCGCUGUGAAAUGUCCUGCCCGCCGCACAGUCACUAUGAGCCGUGUAGCUCCGCCUGUCCUGCCACCUGCGCCGAUACAAUCGCACCAUUUUCUUGCACCCGGCCCUGUGUGGAAAGCUGUGAAUGCGAUGAUGGCUACAUCCUGAGCGGGGGAAGGUGCGUGGCCCUCAGUCAGUGCGGCUGCUCUUUCCAGGGUCAUUAUUACAGCAGAGGUGAGACGGUCAUCCUGACAGAGAGCUGCAGCAGGAAAUGUACCUGCUGGAACACCACCACUGGUCUGAGCUGUGAAGAUUUCAGGUGCGGGGUACAUGAAGACUGCCGCCUUGUGGACGGAGUGCGUGGCUGCUAUCCGAAAGCUGACGCCACCUGCUGGGCCGCGGGUGACCCGCAUUAUUCCACCUUCGACGGGACAGCUUUUGAUUUCCAAGGAUCUUCCAAAUACACCUUCAGCAGAUACUGCGGAGCGUCUGGAAACCUCACAAUGUUCAACGUUGAGGUGGAGAAGGAUCACCGCGGCUCCCGUGCGGUGUACUGGACACGUCUAGUUGAGGUGCAGGUGUACGGACAUCAGAUCCAGAUGUUGAGGGGUCAAACCGGCAAAGUUCAGGUGAAUGGCGAGGCCUUUAAUUUACCAGUAAGAUUAGAAUCUGGGAAAAUCCACCUUUUCCAAAGCGGAUCGGCGGCCGUGCUGCAGACGGGAUUUGGUCUCCGGCUCUCCUAUGACUGGAACCAUUUGGCGGUGCUGACAAUUCCGAGGGUCUAUUCCGGCUCUUUGUGCGGAUUAUGCGGAAACUUCAACGGGGACGGGGCUGACGAUUUCGUGUCUCCCAACGGCACCGCGUUCACUGCGGCCUCAGCUUUUGGGAACAGCUGGAGAACCGCAGCUUCGGGCGCUGGGAGCGAGGACCCGCCUGAACCACAAGUCCCCCUUUGCACCGAAGCAGAUCGCAGUGUUUACGCCUCGGAGAGUCACUGCGGCUUGUUGAGCGAGGCCAGCGGGCCUUUCCGCCAAUGUCAUUCGGUGCUGAGCCCAACAACUGCCUUUGAAAACUGUGUUUUUGAUCUUUGUGCAUUAGCCGGAGACCCCGGGACCCUCUGUCAUGCCAUUGAACCUUAUGCCUGGGAUUGUCAGAGAAGAGGCAUCGCAAUAGGAGAUUGGAGAAAUAGAACCCGCUGUGGUAAUGAAAUUUGUUUGCAAACCUCAACCGAAUGA